AUCCCGUCGUCUGCAUUAAAGAGCAAGUGACAGCUCGAGCUAUAUUGUUGACAUUCGUAUGAAAAUUACUCUGCCGCGUCGUACUUAAAAAAAGAAAGUAAUUUUUUAAAGAAUCAAGAUUAAAGUACAAGUGAACGAUUUAUUUAACGUAAACCAUUUGAUCAAACAAUUUUGACGAUUCGUGUAUGCUAAGAAAAGCUACAGAUUAAACGAUAAUCGGUAUUCGAGGAAGUAUAAUUAUAAUAGAGUUGAUAGAUUUUGAAUGCUUGGCGAUCGUGCUCAAGCGUUAUCUAUAAAUCGUUCGAUUGUUGCGUAUCGAUUAGUAUCGUUUAGUGGUUCUAACGAUGACUGCUUAUUGGAAAACUCUGUUCAACCACCGUCGUAAAUGUUGUUCUCGUCAGUAGUGUAUUCUCAACCGUGGACGAUAAAGUGCGUGUGUAAAAGUAAAUCAAUCCGUAUGGUAUUACGCGCAGUACUCACGGCGUCAUUUUCUAAUAAAAAAUAAAAGUUUCUAAAUUAACAUUUGAUUCUUAUAACGAUCUCAGUACGUCGUUGAAAAUUAACGUGAAAACGCUGUCAUUUUACGAAACAGUGAGAUUUGACAAUUGUGAUGAAUUGAAGUCGUUCGUGAGGGCUGGUUUAAGUCUUGUCAAGUGUAUGGAAGAAUCAUUUAUUGUUUCGUGAGUGCGACAACGACAGCAUCGACGGUGAUCGAUUAGGAUUAGUGAAAUCGUGAGUGAAGUGGUCAAACGGACAAAAAGGAAAGAAGUUUCGGCAUGACCUGUGGCGGUGACAAGAUCUCGUUGGAAAUAUCGGGCGGGGAGGAGGAGGUAUGGAAGCUGAAGCUGGUCGGCAGUCUCACCAUCAGGGGCUGCAGCUUACCCUGCCAUCCCCGGGAAUCCCCGGACUGGACGUCGUGAGAGCUUUGCAUCAGACUGUGAUAUCAUUGCGUUCCGCGCUGGAUUCCUCGCGGGAAGAGCUUCGCCGUCUUAAGGAGAGCGUCGGUGAUUUUUCUGGUGAAAGCUACGUUGACGUCGUUGAGAGACUCGCUCUCGAGAAUCACGUCCUUAGGCGAAAGAUCCUAAGCAGGAACAGUGAGUUUUCUACUGAUGCUGCCACAAGCCCGCCAGCCCAAUCUCGUCUUUUUCCACUUGCAGUAGAGGAUACUAAAGAUCUGUCCGAGCAGGCAAGCGUAUUCAUGGAUGCGUCCAGGGACAAAGUCAUCGCGGAAGAGGUGCCAGAAGCAUCUAAGUCGAUCAUCGGAGUACGGACUACCAGCAACAAUAACAACAAUAACAAGGGCGACGAUUUGCAGUUUCAAACAGUCGAGAAGACAACCAGAAGCGUAGAAGGAUCAUUAUCCAUCGAUCAGAAGUGCGCUAUGUCGAAGGAUCCUGCUCUUAAAACUUUAACGCUAGCAGCUGGGGACAGCUUGGCUGAAGCUGCAGACAGCAGUGUCCUCAACGAGUUGGCAUCUACUUCGGCUAACAGAUUGUCUAAGGACCUCGAAGAGGAGGAUGGGAACGAAGCGCGAGGAGACCAUUUGGAGGUGCCGGAUAAAGAUAUGGAGGACCUGAGUUUGAAGUCUGUUUCCGAUGGCGACAAUUCGGUGUUCAGUGACAACCCUGACACGCAGGUACAGUCACAACAACGUCAGUCCACCGAUCAGCCGAAACCGAACGAUCAGUCAGAGAACGAGUCCGAAGAGCUGGAUGAUAUCGAGUUGAUAUUCACUACGGAUGAUACUUGUCGCGACCUUGGCUUGCAAGAAGACCUGGUAUCGAUAACGGAGGCCGAAUCUUGGCAACAACCUGUAACCACCGGUCAACCGGUGAUGCUGAAAUACACGAAAUCGACCGAGGGCGAGUCUCUGGUUUGCAAUGGCGAGAAAACUAGCUCGGUGGAGGAGGCCGUCUCGUCGCAGAGCUCGAGCAUCGAUCGCGAGGAAAGCGUUGAUAGAUUCGAUGAGAGUUCUAGCUCUAGGUUGAACAAAAUGUGGUCACAAUGUUCGGUACUGGUCGAAACUGAUAUCAGCAAGUGUGGAGUCGUUGAAGAGCCGGAACAUGCUACCAGACACGCUGUCAGGAGAAACACUUUGGCCGCGCCACCCACCGCCUACAGACCGAUUAUCCACCGAGAGGCUCUAGCUGGUGGUCGUCGAAAGAGUGCAGCUCCAUUGAGGCCGGUGAUGGACAGAAUUAGCGGAGCAAGACGAGAAUCCGGUGCUCAGACAGACAUUUCCGCACUUCCGGCCCACUGGAGGUCCGAGAGUUAUCUUGCGCACAAAGUGGCUCAUACGUUCACUACGUUACCAAGUAAAUUUGCUCUGCCGACUGGUGUCCCAGGGAGACUCAGACUGUCUGAUAAGACACGGGAAGCUAGGAGAGUGAUGCUGUCGGAUAUCAGUUUCACCAGCAUGGUGCCAGAAUUGUCCAGAAGUGCCGAUCAUCUUUGCCACGAUCCACACGCACAGACUUGUUUCAGUUCACGUGGCUGCGGUCUUCGAACACCGGACGUUCAUCGACGCGAGUCCCUAGGAUCCCCAGCUGGAUUGUGGCCUCGUUGCAAUCCUGGCACAGGACUGCCGAGUCCAUGCGACUGUCGUCUUUCCACGGACUUCUAUUCGUCGAGGUAUCGGGGCUCUUUGACAUCGAUUCCAUCACCGGGAUUGGAGGUUGUCGGUGGUCCAUCACGGAGGCACUCAUGGAGAGCAACUGCGGCAUCCUUUGAUACCUGGAGAGUGCCGGUAGCUACUUCUACGCCGAGACCAACUUGGUCCUCCAUGCCUUCUUCGCCUACGCACGUGCAUCCUCCAGCGACCACUUCGAAGACUUCUAAAAACCUUCCCAAGAGAACGCGAUCGAAGGUUACUUUCCAAGAAUGUCCAAUGACGCGUGGAAGCUUGCCGAAUUUACGAUCGGAUUUGGCUACCGGUGAAAACAGCGGCGAUUCGACCGAGUCGUUGAUCGACGAGGCUGAGGAUUAUUUGCGACGAAGCAUCGACUCGAUGUUGACGAUCUCCAGUAGCGGCGUCAGUUCGGAUUAUUGGAAUAAACAGGCGGCCAGACGGAGACGCACCCGACGCUACUCCGAGCCUGAUCUCAUUCGCGACUGGCAUCCACCGCAGGAUGCUAGACCGUACCUGCCAAAGAUACCAAGAGAUCUCAAGCCGGAUCAUCUCGUGAAGGUUAUAUCGCCGGAAGGCAAAGUUCUGCAAGGUCGAGUCAGAUACGUAGGACCUGUACCUGGUCGCGAGGAGACCCAUGUAGGCGUGGAGUUGCCACAUUUGAACGGUUCUUCCGAUGGCACUUUUCAUGGUAGAAGAUUCUUCGAUUGUGAUCCCGAUCGCGCGAUUUUCGUGCCGUUCAAGAAGGUAAUCCUGGCCUGGUGCACCACUUGACCCGAACCACCGAGAAACAUAACGACUCCUCGAAUUCUACUGUCUCAGUACACCAUGUGAAUCGAAACGGUGACACGUAUGUAUGCGACCUCCCGGCAGAUUUCAACGGGUACGUGACAUUUCUUUAUCACCGUAACGAGCUACGAAACACUACUUAACACCGCGGAGAGUAGACUCUUCUGCAGAAACAGACGUUUCUAAAACUCCCGCAACGGGGUAUAUUUAUUACGAUUUCCGAACGAAAAUAUCGUUUAAUCAUUUUUAAUUACACCCGAUAGUUUAUCUUCUUUCACGUGUUCUAAACUUUUAUGAUUAAGUUCACCGAUCGUAUCGCGGACGAUCGAACAACGUUCACUUUGAAGCAGUGCUCGUUCGUAAAUUCUAAUUAACGAAAAAUUGCAAGAGAAUCGAUGCGAAUGAUUAAAUGUCAGACAUGCGUUCUUGUGUCGUAGAACGUAUCUGUAGUUAUCGAUCUUUGCAAACGAUGUCCACCUGGUAACGAGUAUUCAGUAUUAUUAUCGCUCGAGUUCGAGCCACGAUUUCAUGUCACUCGAAUAAUUGCACAAAAUCAUACCGAUGGAUCUCUGAUGGAUAACCGAAUCUCACGAUCGACUGAAUGCGAAUUUGAUGAACGUAAAAACGAGGAGAUCGCCGCUGUCUCUUGUCAUCGCGAUCGCAAUGAAGGAUUCGCUAUUGUCAAUUAAUUCGCACCCUUUCCUUCCGAACAAACAACGUUGACGUCUGUUUUGCAGUGUAUGUGAUACAUUAUUAGGAGAAAACUGCUCUGUAUACGAGGCUAUUUUUGUAUCGUUCUCGAGACUGUGAGGUUUACUCGAGCAAAGAAGAAAACACGUUGGAAGCGUUCUUUUAAUUGUAACAGUAGGAAGAGGGUGUUUUACUGCUCGACGAUGCUGAAGAUAUAUUUUUUUAGAUUUUGACGUAGACAGAUUUCAGUAAUAUUCGAAAAAAGAAUCUUUUGGAUGAGAUGAAACGCUUUUUUGAUAGAUAUUUUAUGUUUGACACUUGUCUGAUAUUUGAAAUAUGAUCACAAUAUUCAGGUUAGCAAAGUUGUCUUAAACUUUACCACUUAUCAAUUUUUGUACUGAAAGUUUUUGAAGUCCCUCGCAAAAUUUGCGUCCCCAAAAUCGUACACUCUCAUUGUAAAAGAAAAUGUACGAUACUUUUAUUUCUAUAAAUACUCGAAAUGAUAUUUUUUCAGAAAGGAAGUAGAAAGCUAAUUACUCGAGAUAGAAACUCUAUUAAAGUUCCUUCUACCAAAUCUAAUUACGAACGACAAUAUCAGUUAAAGAUGUUCAAUCAACAUCAUCGCGUCGUGUCUUCAAGUUCAGUUUAAGUACUAGUUCAACAAAGUUCGCCACGAAAUGACAUUAUAUGGUAUCAACCUCCGAUUCGCUUUAUAGAACAGAAUCGUCUCGUUGUCUAUAGCAUCCGUUACAAGCAAAUCCUGUCACGUGAACGUGUUACUGAAAGCGACAAUAUCGAUUCCUCGUUGCGACUCGAGCUGCAAAAUGUCAACCCGUGAUAAAGCUUCGUCGGUGAUAAUCAACGAUCUCGAAGUGAAAAGCAUACCCCAAUUCGAAUGGUUACGAUUCUAAAAUACGAUAAAACUUUAUUUAUCUGAAUUUUAUUUCGUUCGUAUCGACCCUCAUUGUGUACGAUGAGCAGCCAAAUGCAUUGUAAAUUCGGUCAAAGUUUAUGUCUCUGAUUUAAAAGACCACCAUCAUAUAAUCAGGCGCUCCUAAAUAUAUGGAAGAGAAUGUAGAAAUGAAGCCAGGAAAUCAACAUGGCGUCUGAAGUAGGGAGUAUACUACGCAUGCUACACGACAGCCAUAUUCACACAUUUCUUUCUACUGAAUUUCUAUUUACGAGUCUUAGUCUUAAAAUGUUUUAUAAAUGAAGACAAAUACUUGUAUAAAGUUGAUUAAUCUGUAACAAAGAUUAUAAUAACUUUAAUAGCAGAACUAUUAAAUUUUAUGAAACUUGAAUAAUCUUAUCUUGAAAAUUCUGUUGCUCUGUUUGUAUUCAACUGACAUAGUCUUGUUUUUAAUGUCACGUGAUAUUUAAUGAACUAAUCCAGUAUAUCAUCAACAUGCAUCAUACAAGGGAGUAUAAAUCUACAUGUACACAUCUAGUGUUUUAUUUACUGUUUCGGCUUAUUAACUAUACAUAUAAGUAUUUGUACUCAGUGUUUACUGUAGGAAUUAAAAUGACAAGAAUGGUUUUGCACCGUUUUGAUAUGGUUUUGUGCAAAAGAAAACUCUUUUUAUUAUUUAACAAGGAAAAAACCUUAACACAAACAUUAACAAACCAAAACUUAACUUUAACACUAUUUAGCAAAAACACAGAACUUUUAAAAUAAAACGACUUUUACAACCUUUCAAUAAACACCGAACUUUCACGACUUUUUCGACUUUUCCGCCUAUUUUUCUAAUGCGUCUUCUUUAGGACAAGGUUUCUAAUAAACAACGCUCCUUUCUUUUAAAAA